GCGAGAAGUGAUGGCGGGCGAGUUUACCGUUUACAUGGAUUAGAAAUGUUUUCGGAUGAAAAGUGGCUUUACCAAAACAAAGAACCCGGAAGUUGCUGCGUUUGUGGAGGGAAUCCAUGCUGCUGCAGAGACGCGAGGUUGAAUUUACAGCCGUCAUGAUGCUGGAGAGGAGCACAGUGAACGUGCUGGCAGAAAUAAUCUUCAGCAGGAGGAAAACCGGGAUCCAGACACCGGAAGUAGAGGACAACAUCCAUUGUUGUUGCUCCAGAGCCUUCGUUCAGGACAGAGAUCUGUAUCGCUCUGACAACAGACUGCUUCCCUCGGACUCAUUAUACACUGAAGUCCAAGAAACGGGUGAUGAGGAGGAGGAGGAGGAGGAGGAGGAGGUUCUAGAUGAGGAGGCACAGCUGAUGGUCAGCAUGGGUCUGCCUUUGGCCUUCAUCAGCUCUUCUGGGCAGAAGAGAGAGAGAAGGAAGACUGACAGGAAGUGGGAGACAUACUGGGAAGAACAACCUGAAGAAGAAGAAGAGGAGGAAAAUAACCCACAGUUCUUCAGCAAAGCCACCGAUGAAGGAAGUGAGGAGGAAGAUUCUGAUGAAGCCGAUGCUGCUGAACAGAGCAGAGAUGCUGGCUGGGAAUCCUACUGGGCUGAACGUGGAGAAUCUUUGCUGUGGAGCAGCUGGGUGGAGAAGCAUCCAGAGACUGAAGCUGGAGGAACCACUGCUCCUUGGGAUGACCCGGAAACAAAGGUUGUCUGGGACAAACAUGCUACAGAGACCUACUAUUUAUACUGGGAGCUGUACUCUUAUUGGUCAGCACAGGGGUGGACUGCUGACCAGUCUGACUGUACUGGAAACACAGGUGGAGGAGAAACAGACACACAAAUCCCCUCAGAGGAAGAGAUGGAGGGAAAUAGUGAAUCUGAGAGAGAACAGGAAGUCGAGGUUCUGAGUGAUCUGAUUGGAUGGAGCUGCACAUUAGAGGCCGACUGGAGCGGCUCACAUGGAGGCAGACUGGGUGGAGGUGGAGUGGAUGGAGGCAGACUGGGUGGAGGUGUGGCUGAGCUUUCAGAGGCGAAGUUGUGUGCUUCUGAAAAUCCAUCUGAUGGUGGGAGUGAUCGCCAGAGACCUGCAGCCACCUCGCAGCAGAACACCACUAAACAAUCAGAUUCUCAGCAGGCUGCCAACAUCCCCAACAAACCAUCUACUUCAAGAAAUAAGACAUCAGAAAGCAAUGGUGAAGAUGAUGAGGAUGAUGAAGAACAUCCAAGAGGACAUGUUAAAGUCAAACACAGUCAUGAGCUGGACGUGGAAGAGAGUCCACAGCCUACUCCUGAGGAAGUUUGGUCUGAACUGGGACUCAAACGCAGCCUGAAGCCUCAGUUUGACAGCAUGUUUGUCUUCAAAGGCAGUUCAGGUCCAAAGCGUCAGAAGCAGCAGGGGACUCGGAGACCGGUCUGCACCAUCAAUAAACACACCAGGUUCUCUGAGACGGGUGGAGACGUCACGCAGCCUCAGAUCAGGACCUCCCUCCACAAGGUCCAGAAUUUUCUUAAGAAGCUUCAGAGGGAGAAACAGAUGAGUCCGUUGGAGCUGAACCAGCCAGAAUCUGUGGGAGAAAUGUCCGGAGAUGAAGGGAAAAUAAAGGAGGAAGAAGAUGGUUCAGACUCUGGGUCCAGUUUAGACACAACAGUUAUGAACCCCAGCUGCAGCACUGCCAUCAACUCCAGAUGUGUGGAAGGUGAGAGGGAGGAGGAACCUGGUAGAAAGUUGCCAUGUCUGCAGAUACCAGACUUCCUCCUGUCUGACACUCCUGAGGGGUCAAAGAAACCAAAGAAGAAGAGUAGGAGAAGGAAGAAACAGCAGGUCCCAGCAGAGAUGGCAGCUGACUCUGAACUGGCCAAAUACUGGGCUCAGCGCUACAGACUCUUCUCUCGCUUCGACGAAGGGGUCAGGCUGGACAGAGAGGGCUGGUUCUCUGUGACUCCGGAGAGGAUCGCCCAGCACAUUGCCCUCCGGGUGGAGAACAGCUUUCCUGACUCUCAGCUGGUGAUCGACGCCUUCUGUGGAGUGGGAGGGAACGCCAUCCAGUUCGCCCUCACAGGAAAGAGAGUCUUGGCCGUGGACAUAGAUUCCGUGAAGUUAGACAUGGCUCGGCACAACGCUGCGGUUUAUGGCGUCACACACAGAAUCGACUUUGUGCAGGGCGACUUCCUUCAGCUGGCGUCCCAUCUCCGUGGAGACGUGGUUUUCCUGUCUCCUCCAUGGGGAGGACCAGACUACCUGACUGCUGACGUGUUUGACAUCAGGACCAUGAUGAAGCCUGAUGGAUUUAAGAUUUUCUGCCUAGCAAAGAAGAUCUCAGAUAACAUCGUCUUCUUCCUGCCUCGGAAUGCUGACACAGAUCAGAUCGUCUCUCUGGCGGGUCCAGGAGGAAAGGUGGAGGUGGAGCAGAACUUCCUCAACAACAAGCUGAAGACUGUCACUGCAUACUUUGGCAGCUUGAUCAAGACAGACUGCUCAUAAGUCUGGAACAGAUGUGGAUUUAUAUAAAUAGUUUUUACUGUAUUUCUCUGUAAUGUUAUCUUUGUGAGGUCCUGACUCAACAUGUAGAACCUGAGCAGCUCAGUGUUCUGGAUUGAUGCUGCAGCUUGCUUCUGGUGGUGUAUGAGGGCAGUAAUGUGUCAGUAAUCUGAUUCAGUCUGUGUGGGAUUUCUUACAUCCCGUCCAUUCAAAGAAGCCUGACCAACCCCGUCCAGAACAUCCCUGUCGGCUGGGAGACUUCGGAGGGACCGGCCUGGUUUCUGACUGCAAGCCUGCGUUCUGGGGUCUGACCACAGAUCCCAGAACCACAGUGUGGCUUAUUUACACAACAGAAGCAGCAGUCAGAGGUGGAGCAAUUCCCAGGUCUCACAUCUAAUCUUUAAACUUGACACAACUGUAAACUUUGAUGUAAAAUAACUCAUUUUAACCAAUUUUUAAAAAUAAAGGCUUUGACACUG